CUUGUCUCUCUCCUUUGUGUGGACAAAUGCAUUUCCUCUUCUCUCUUCCGCUCUCUCUCACUCUCGUCCAUGGCGACCACCGCAUCUACGUCUCUCCCACGUAAUUACUCCUUCACUCCUCCUCGUCCUCCUCCCUCUUUCACCCGCGGUCCGUCGCUGGCUAGAUCUCUGCCGCGCUAUCUCCGCCGCGACCGCCGGCUGGCUCUCACUUACCACCGGUUGGACCAGAGUUCGAAGCAGAGGAGUGGUGGACACGUCAGAUGCGAGGCGACGGAGGUAUCUUCUUCGUCUAUUACCUCGCCUGGAAGGAACUGGGUGCCGGUUGUGCCGUUAUCGGCGCUUCCGAAAGGUGAACGGAGAGUGAUUAUUCAAGACGAUGAGACGAUAUUGCUGCUUUGGUACAAGAACGAUGUGUUUGCAAUUGAGAAUCGUUCUCCUGCGGAAGGAGCUUACAGUGAGGGACUUCUCAACGCUAAGCUAACUCAGGAUGGUUGCAUCGUGUGCCCAUCGACAGAUAGUACAUUUGAUCUUAGAACUGGAGAAAUCCGGGAAUGGUACCCAAAAAACCCGGUUCUCAGAGUCUUGACACCUGCACUGAGAAAACUAUUUGUAUACCCUGUCAAAUUUGAUGAAGAAAACAUCUACAUCAGCAUAAGAGACAGCGGGAAAGCUGAAGCAGCUGCGGAGAUCGUCUUCAGUGGAAAAGCUCAGCCUGGACUCACAGCAACAAAUGUCAAUGUCGACGAGGUGAGAAUGGUGGUGGACGAGGGUUCUCAAGGAUUUGGUUUCUCAAGGAAGAACGAAGUGAUAAACGGGAAAGCGGCAGUGAUAGGGUUCUUGCUGCUGUUAGAUUUUGAGCUAUUGACAGGUAAAGGUCUGUUGAAGGGGACAGGUUUCUUGGACUUCCUUUACUCUGCUUCAGAUGCUUUCAAGUAGAGCUAUAUCUUUCGUCUGGUUUUGCUUACUUCCUUGUGGAAGCAUUACCCAACAAAUGGAGAAACAAACAUACAGUACUUUAGUGACAACUCACACCAUGUCUUAGUAUAUGAAUCACAUAUAUAGAGAUGUUCUGCUUUGUCCUUGUUUGCGUUUUAUACCCUCUUUGUAUGAAAUAUUCUUUGUUCUCCGUGAGUGAUAAUUAUGAUCUUCAAGCUUUUCAGUAA